AUGCAUAUGGAGAAGCCCGAAUGUCAGCCAACUAUGGCAAUUUCACCUUCACCUUCACGGCAGGUAUUGGGGUGGAAGACCACGAACGCGUCCAUUAAACAGGGAGUUUUGGAGGUAAACAACAAACACAUUACGGUUACAAAAGCCUCGAUUUUCGAGCAAGUAUCGAAGGAUCGUGUCAAUCUUCCCCGAGCAGGAAGUCCCAGGAUCGGACAGAAGAGAUCGAUUGCGCAGGUUGACGGAACGGAACAGUAUGACAGACCGCCAUUGCAGCAACGGGGAUCACCAUUACUUCCAACGACUGAAGAUAAGCAAGAAAAUGCAGUAAUGGUAGAAGAUGACGAUGAGACGAAGAAUGAGGGUCAAAACGUUGGGGCAGUGAAAAAGGGAGAGGAAGAUGAUAAUGAGCCAUCGACAGCAGAGUCGAAGACAACAACUACUUCUUUGACUUCGUUUCAUGCAUCGCAGGAAGGACCUGUGCCCUUGGAGGAGCAGUUUAUUAUUCAAGAAGAAACAAGCCAAAACACGUUGGAGAAUCUGAACGUGACACCACUUCCUCAAAAUACAUCCCAUCCCCAGCUGCAUUCUAAUCCCACUCCGCCGACGGACGGAUCUCAAGACAGCAUGAGAAUGUCAAGCUUUGUCGACUUCGAGGCCGCAGGUGCCGAAGAUGAGGAUCUAAAGAUGAUAUUGCCGAAGCGGACCUCGUCGCCAACCUGCCCCGAUAGGAAAACAAUGAUUGCCGAGAAAGUAGAGAUAUUGCGAACUCGACUCCAGCUUGCUGCCUACAAGGUCAAAACCAACCAGACCAAAACACCCUUUUUCUGGUUGCAUGGCCCUCAGUCUUCACCAGAACGCCUGAGAAUGCCCUUGAUCAAGAGGGAGGAGGGUGUGAUUUCAGCUGCAAGAAGGCAAGCAACAGGUCAAUCGAAGUCAGCUGUUCGACAUCUCAACUCUUUGCCGAUGCCCACUAUCGUUCCCACGGCUUACUCUGCCCGAUAUAUGGUUCCGGCCAGGGAGGGUAUCCCAUCAUCACCACCUACCUCCACUAGCAGCGAAGAUUUGGGCAUAUCCAGCGCGAAUACUCUAACACCAACAGAUUGCCCACGAGCCCGCAGGAGCCCAAUACAAUUGAGCAGCCCAACUCCAAGUCAGGCAGAUAGCGCAGCCUUACAGAGGAUGAGUUCGAGCGGCGACGUGACGAGUGGCGUGGUGAAGACUGAGGCUGCAAAUGGCCUGCUGGACCUCAUUCGGGCAGCGGCUGUAUCAUGA